AUGAUGCAAGUUGUACACAAUGGUUUGGCGUGCACGUCUGUGGGCCGUCUUAACCUCAUUACGGGGAAUUUUUUGUUGAGGCAUCAUCUCAACACUGAGAAGCCGCAGAAGUCUGACUUUCCUCUACAACCCGUGCCUGACCCGUGCGGAGCAAUACAUCGGCGUCUCGUCCAGUACACUUUGUUCGACAACCUCUGGAGCUCCGAGUGGUGA